AUGGCUGAUAUUUUCCUAUUGGUCCGUCCUUUUUCCUUGGAUUCUGCUUACUUCUUUCAUUAUUUCCAAUAUUUCCAUUUUCGCUAUUCUUUCUUCUAUUCAAUUCAUUUUCCCAUUCUUCUUUCUGCGUUUGAUUAUUUGUUUCUGUUAUUCAUUUGCCUCCAUCUCAUAAACUAUCAUUCGUUUUGUACAUUUCUUUGUGCCAUUUGUCAGUCGUACGUUCGUUUUGUCCGCCAUCCUUCUUCUCUUUAUCUUUUCUCCGUUUCUUCUUCUUUUUCGCGUUUGUUACUUGCUCCUUUCUCUCUUUUUCUUUUCUAUCGGGAGCAUAUGUUUCGGAGUCAUGACUGCUUGUUUUCUUUCCUGUUUCUUUGGCUCAAAGCUUUCUCUCUUUUUAUUUUCCUCGCCUUUCUUUUCUUUCUUUCUUUCUUUCUUCCUUUUUCUUUCUCCCUAGAAAGGGUUAAAUCUAUCUAUCUAUCUAUCUAUCUAUCUAUCUAUCUACGAAGGGAUUCUGUAAAGUCCUGGUUCUAA